AUGGUUAAUUCAAGGAUUAUUAAACAAAGAGAAUCUUUACCAAUUUUUCAUUUUCGACAAGAAAUUAUUGAUGCAAUAAAAAAUGAAAAUUUACUUGUUAUAAUUGGAGAAACAGGUUCUGGUAAAACAACGCAAAUUCCUCAAUAUAUCUUGGAAAGUUUCGAGGAUUGUAGAUUAAUAGGAGUUACUCAACCAAGACGAAUUGCAGCGAUUACAGUCGCUAAUCGAGUAUCGGAGGAACAUGGCACUAGACUUGGAAGUGAAGUAGGAUAUUGCAUUCGAUUUGAUGAUUGCACUUCAGCAAAAACUAGAUUAAAAUAUAUGACGGAUGGUGUUUUAUUACGAGAAGCAACACUUGAUCCCAAGCUAGAGCAUUAUGAUGUAAUCAUUAUAGAUGAAGCUCAUGAAAGAACAUUGGAAACCGACGUAUUGUUCGGAUUAUUAAAAGAAACACAUCGUUUACGUCCGGAAUUAAAAAUUUUAGUAAUGUCUGCAACCCUAAAUGUAGAAAAAUUCUCGGAUUUUUUUAACGAAUGUCCAAUUUUUAGUAUUCCGGGUAGAACUUAUGAGGUAGCAAUAAAUCAUCAUAGAGACGCAAAAAUUAUUAGUCUAAAAUCAACUUAUGUUCAAAGAGCUGUUGACACAACAUUAUAUAUUCAUACUCACGAGCCGCCAGGUGACAUUUUAGUUUUCUUGACUGGACAAAAUGAAAUAGAAAAGUCAUGUCGAGAUCUUGAUAAUCAAGCACGAGAAUUAAAUUACAGACGGGAUGUACAAUAUUAUGAUGAGGUAAGAAAUUUAAUUGUAUUUCCAAUUUAUGCUAGUUUGGAGACUAUGGAACAAAAAGCCAUAUUUGAAGAUCCUCCUGAAGGUACAAGAAAGGUUGUCUUUGCAACAAACAUUGCUCAGACAUCAGUUACAAUUCCUGGAAUUAACGGAUAUGUUAAACAAAAAUCAUAUGAUCCAAGCACAGGAAUGGACGCACUUUUAGUUGUGCCAAUAUCACAAGCUGCGGCAACACAAAGAGCGGGUCGUGCAGGAAGGACUGCACCAGGAAAAGCAUUUAGAUUAUAUAGUAGAGAAUCGUUUGAACAAUUGGAAGUUGAUACAGUGCCGGAAAUUCAAAGGAGUAGUUUACUUGGUACAGUGUUAAGUUUAAAGAAAAUGGGAAUCAGAGAUAUUCUUCAUUUUGAAUUUAUUGAUCCGCCCGAUCCAAUGCUUGUUAAGACCGCCUUAAAACAACUCUUUUUAUUAGAAGCAAUUGAUGAACAAGGAAUGUUAACACCUUUAGGAGAUGAAAUGUGUAUAUUUCCUUUAAAUCCAUUUUUAUCAAGGGUUUUAAUAGCAAGUGCAAGACAAUUUGGCUGUAGUAGGGAAGUUUCAACGAUUGUAGCAAUGUUAUCAGUUGAAGAAAUAUUUAUUACACCGAGAGAUGAAGAAAGAUUAUUUGAGGCGGAUGAAAGAAGAAAAGUAUUUUAUCAUUCUUCAGGAGAUUAUAUGACAUUACUUCAAGUUUUUGAAGGAUAUCGUGAUAGUGGAUAUGAUCGAGAUUGGUGUAGAGAUAGAUAUUUAAAUCAUAGAGCUUUAUCUAUGGCAAAAAAUGUUCGGGAUCAACUACGUGAAUUAAUGGAAAGACAUGGGGUUUCGAUUAUUUCAUGUAGGCAAAAGGAUAAUCAAGAUGGUGAUCAUAGAAAAAAACGUAGUAAACAAACCUAUUAUGAAACAAGAAAAUACGAUUUUACAAAAAUUCUUGAAGCAUUUUCUACAUCAUAUUUUAUUCAUUUAGCAAAAAGGCAUCCACAUAGAUCCGUAUUUUAUCAUUAUGCUUCAGCUAAUAUACAUACUAGUGAAAUGAUAGAUUCUAAUAGUUCUUUAUUGGCUUUACAUAUUUCACCUUUAUCAGCUUUACAUCCCGAAAAUAAAAUUGUUAAAGUCGAUAGUUUAGAUUGGGUAAUAUACCAUUCCAUUUUAUAUACGAGUAAGGCUUUAAUGAAAGUCGUUAGUAAAGUUAAAUUAGAAUGGAUAGAAGAAAAAUUGAAAUUAUUUAAGAAAUUGGAAACUGUGGAUUUGGGUGGUGACGAUAAUAAAAAGGAUAAACAAGAGAAAGAAGUCGAUGAUGAAAGUGUGGAUAGUAUUGGGAAAGAAAGCAAUUAUAUAGACGAAGAAGAAAUGAAAAGAAAGAAAUUAGAAGCUAUUGAAGCCGCAAGACAAAGAGCUUUAAACAGAAGAUCAUUAAAUCCAGAUAAUUGA